AUGGACAAAACUGUGGCAAAUACAACCCCCGUACUACAAGUACGCGCGGUGGUGUUCGACCAGAAUGUCCACUCUCUCCAUUUUUGGCUUAAUUUCCUUAUUGAUGAUGUAAUGGGGCGAACCCUGGAAGGUCUCCAAAACCCCGGUGUUCAAAUCUUUCAGAGUGAGAACCCUGGAGAUUUUUCAAAUUCGCAAUGGCGUGAUCAACAGGCUGUUUUUUGUUCGGAGGGGCACGAACCUAGAGGUGGACAAAAGUUGACAAAGCAGAAGGGGAUGAAUGAUGUUACAAAAAUUUUGGGUGACAUUGGUGCUGGUCUCCUUCCAGGAUGGAAUUCAUACGACUAUCGAUGUGCUUGUUUAGGGACACUGAUGGAUGUGGAGUCUAACCGAUGUCAGUGGCUUACAUGCUGUCAGUUUACAUCUAGGUUGUCUGAGCCGGGCAUCCAUAUUGAUCAAGAAGACCUAGUGUGCCAGACGGAAGAGGACCUAUUUAUUAGUGCUCAGGCUUCAUUGGAACACAAUCAACCU